AGAGAGCGAGAGAGCGAGAGAGCGCGAGAGAGCGCGAGAGAGCGCGAGAGCGUGAGAGAGCGCGUGAGAGCGCGAGAGAUCAUGCGAGAGAUCAUGCGAGAGAGCGCGAGAGAGCGCGAGAGCCGAGAGAGCGCGAGAGAGCGCGAGAGAGCGCGAGAGAGCGCGAGAGAG